AUGAGCCAUCUACAGAAACCCAACGCAGGCUCAAACGAGUCAGACUCAGCGUCAACUGCGUCGUCCGCGUCGAUCAUAGACGCAGAGGCGUUCAACCGCGCAAUCGGAGGACGCGCUUACGAGGGCCAGGGCGAGGACGAAGAUCACGACAGCGACAACCCGUACGACAACGAGCGCGGGCUGGCUGCAAGCCUGCGAGGGUUCGAAGAUACCAAACACGCGGGGUCUGACGACCAGUCCGACGCAGAGGCGCCGCUUCAGCGUCAGAGCACAGCUCUGACGCGCGUCAUGACCGGGUUCUUCUCGCACCGGCUGCGUGACGACCGCAAGUACCUGGUGGCCAAGUUCGUCAUCAACCACGUGCUUCUGGCGUGCAUGAUCAUGUCGAUCUUCUCGCUGUACUGGGGCGCAACCUACAAGCGCUCCUCGUACUACCACAAGCUGAACUUGUUGGCCGUGUUGCAGGACGACGGCGCGCUCACAGACGUGUUGCCCACGCUCAUCGACCAAGUGCCAGGCACCUGGCACGUCUACAACUCGUCCGCGUUCCAGGACCGGUUCGGCGUUGCCGCCGACGAGAUCGACUCCAAGAUCCUCGAUCUCGUCCAUCGUCGCGAAUACUGGUUUUCGUUCAACGCCAAGCCUAACUCCACAGCUGCAUUACUCGACUCACUAACCUCGGCGUCUGCCCCCGCCUUUAACUCUACCGAUUACUUUGGGUCCAUCUACGAGAGCGGCCGCGACCCCACCAACAUGAAGUCCUCCAUCGUCCCAUUGCUCACCGAGCUCCAGACCCUCUACCAAGCCUACUAUACCACCACGUUUUUGCCCAGCUUGCUUUCCAACGUGUCUGACUCACUUUCCUCUGUACCCGCAGAAAAUGUUGCCGCUGCCGGCGUGAUGAAUUUUUCACAACUUGACUACCGUCCUUUCAAUGACUAUGUCUUAUUGGGUCCACUUCAAGUUGGUCUGAUCUAUUGUAUUCUGCUCACUUUCUUCCAGCUGUCUCUAUUCGGAAGUAUCCACAUGCGCCUGGGUCAGAAAUUGAAGCCAAUUCACAUGUUACUCUAUCGGUACAUUAUUGCAUACGUGAACUACUUCUUUUUGUCCCUCUUCUUCUGUGCUGUGUCUGCUGCUUUUCAGGUCAAUUUCACGCUUGCGUUCGGGAAAGGAGGGUUUAUGGUGGCGUGGAUGUCCUCGUGGCUUCUUAUGGCUGCGGUAGGUGGUGCCAAUGAGAAUAUGAUCACCGUCAUCCUCUCAUUUGGCCCUCAAUACCUAGGGUUUUGGUUGAUCUUUUGGGUUGUCAUGAAUAUUUCACCUUCAUUUUACCCCAUGGCACUCAGCAACAACUUUUACCGUUAUGGUUACGCCAUGCCAAUUCAUAAUGGUGUUGAAAUAUUCAGAGUAAUCUUUUUGAAUCUCGACAAGAAAGAUCUUGGCCGUAACUAUGGUAUACUAGUUGCAUGGUGUGUGUUAAAUGCUCUCCUUUUCCCGGUAGCGAUGAAAAUUGUCAUACACAAGAAAAAGAAAGACGCACAGAAGGCCGCUCUAGCGAGCCAUGGUAAUUAA